AUGAUUCUUCGUCUUGCAAUCAGUUGCUCCAUUUUUCUAAUAGCAUAUGGCUGCGGACCAAUGCAAGGUUUCUAUGAAAAAGAUCAGAUACAAUUAAUUCAUGAUGCACCACCACAUGAACCUACCUUUGCUUGUCGUAUUUAUCCUUGGAUUUGUCAACAAAAUCAUAGUCAUAUUCCACCUGGAAAAACUCCAUUUGAUGAUAUCGCUGAAAUGUUGAAAAUUCGUCAUAGAAUAAAAUCAAAAACUACAAAAGCACCACUAGCGCCACCACCACCACCACCGCUACCGCCACCAACAACAACAACAAAAGCAACAACAACAACAGAAGCAACAACAACAACAACAGAAGCAACAACAACAACAACAACAGAAGCAGCAACAACAACAGAAGCAACAACAACAACAGAAGCAACAACAACAACAACAGAAGCAACAACAACAACAACAGAAGCAACAACAACAACAACAGAAGCAACAACUACGACAACUGAAGAACCUACUACUACUGAGUGGUCUAGCACAGUUCCAACUAAAGCUCUGCCUAUUCGAUAUCCUGGACAAGCGCAAACAUCGAGAGAAGCGCUGGAUAAUUUGAAAAAGUCAAUACAUCAAGCGUUAACUGAAAUGUUAUUCAAUGUUGGAUUAAAUCCAACGAUAAAUUAUACUACACAAGGUUAUGUGCCAGAUGAUGUGAUCAUUGGGACAGAUAUAUCUGGUGGCCAAGUAUGGCGCCGUAAUGUGGGCUCACAUGUUCUAAAGGAUGAUAUCGUUAUCGCAUUUGUCAAUGGAAAUAUUUUGAAUUCGAAUUCUGUCCCAAUUAUGCAUAUAGUACGAAUUGAUAGGUUUACUGUGGAAUUUCCAUUCGAACCAUAUCAGUGUCAAAUUAAAUUUAUGGAAAAAAUUAUGGAAGCUUUGCAGAUGGGACAAAAUGCAGCAUUAGAAUCGCCAACUGGAACCGGCAAAACACUAUGUUUAUUGUGCACUGCCAUUGCAUACUUGAAACAUUGCAAAUUAGAAAUAUUGCAGGACAGUGCACAAGAAAUACAAGGUACAUCUUCUAGAUCACUUUAUCCAAAAAUCCUUUAUGCUUCUCGAACACAUAGUCAACUGGUACAAGUAAUCCGUGAAUUAAAUAAAACAACUUACAAAGACAUUAAGACUGUAACAUUGGCUUCACGUGAUUUACUCUGUAUCAAUGAUAAAGUGAUGAAAGAAAAUAAUAGUCAUGUCAAAUCACUGAUGUGUAGGAAUUUGAUCAGAAAGCAUCGAUGUCCAUUUUAUAAUUUCUAUGAAAAAGCUGAUCCAUCAACGUUAGAUCUGUUAUAUAGCAAAAAUGGAUUGGUUCCAGAUAUUGAAGAAGUCAUCAGUGUGUCUCGGAAGCAUAAGUAUUGUCCUUAUUUUCGGAGCCGUUCAAUGUAUGAAAAUGCCGAUCUCAUUCUUUUACCAUAUAAUUAUAUCGUCGAUCCUUCCUUGCGAUAUAAGCAUAACAUUCAGCUCAAAGGAAAUAUUGUCAUUUUCGAUGAGGCACAUAAUUUGGAAUCAGUUUGCGAAGAGUCAACAUCAGUAUCAUUUUCAACUACCCAAAUAAGUGCAUGCAUAAGAGAAACAAAGAAAGUUUUGGAAUUAAUGAUAAAUGAUGAAGAGGAAGUUCGAACUCAAAUGGAUAAUACAGUUGUACCAAUUGGUACCGAAAUUCAGGAAACAAAUGAAGUGAAAAUUGAGAAGAAUGACGUAGCUUACUUGCUUGCAUCCUUGCAUCAGUUUGAAGAUGCUGUAGACGUUUGUGCGAAAAGUGGAGGCAAGAAAGUGACUGGUAUUGAUGGUAAAGUUUAUCCUGGUGAACAUAUGAUUGAAUUACUGUCAAAAGCAGGAUUUCGAAAGGAUAUGAGGGAAGCUGUAUCACAGACUAUUGAUAAAAUUGGGCAAUACCUCACAGCAAAAGCACAAAAUGAAACGAUUGGAGAAUUUGUGGAAAAAGGAGUUUAUCUUCAAGAAUUUUCAUCAUUUAUUUCAACUAUUUACGCAUAUAAACAUGCUUCAUCACAAGUAUUGGAUAGUCCUGCAUGUGUAGUGAGAAAAUUGCACAAAAAGAUUACGGAUGACAGCAUCGUGAAAUAUUUUCAACUUUACAUAACAAAGCAUAGUUCAGUAAUAACGCUGAAUUACUGGUGCUUUUCACCAUCAGUUGCAAUGUGGUAUCUUCACUCAUGCGGUGUACGUUCUGUGAUUGUAACCAGUGGUACUUUAUCACCGUUAGAUUCAUUUAUUAAUAAUCUCGGUAUAAGUUUCCCGAUAGCGCUAGAAAAUCAGCAUGCUGCUAACGUGGAUCAAAUUUUGUGUGCACGUAUUCGUUCUAGUCAAAGUGGAAUCGAUCUCUGUGGUACUUUUCACAAACGGAGCAGUUCAGCGUACGUAUUUGGAAUUGGUGAAGUUAUUGUUCGUGCUUGUCAAAUCAUUCCGGAUGGUAUCUUGGUGUUUUUCUCGUCCUAUGUUACUAUGAAUACAUGCCUGAAAUUCUGGAAGACAUUAAAAUUUGGCCCAAUGUUCAUAUGGGAAACAAUAUCAGCUUAUAAAGAAGCAUUCGUUGAACCAAAAUCUAAGUUGGAGCUGAAAACAGUACUAUUGCAAUUUAGGCAAAAAGUGAGAGAAGGCGGUAAUGGUGCUAUCUUAUUUGCUGUUUGUAGAGCUAAGGUAAGCGAAGGGAUCGAUUUCUUAGACAGUGAAAGCCGUGGUGUUAUCGUAAUCGGUAUUCCAUACGCUCCAACAAUGGAUCCUAGAAUUGAACUUAAGAGACAAUUUCUUACGAAACAAAGGAUGGUUGUCGUGAAGCAAGAGCUAAGAAAAAAUAUAUCAGCUGACGAAUGGUAUCAAGUGGAAGCAAUUCGUAGUGUGAAUCAAUCAAUUGGCCGUGUUCUUCGACAUAAAAAUGAUUUUGGUGUUGUCAUUCUUGCUGAUUCAAGGUUUUGCUCGAUGUCAUCAAAAUGGUUUCCUUCAUGGAUGCGUGGAUGUUUAAAAAAUUACCAAGAUAUCAGCGAUUUUGAAGACGAGUGUAAGCAGUUCUUCAAAAAGAGAAAUAUUGAGAUACGUAUUAAUAAAAGACCCAUAUCAUCAGCUACGGAAGUGGCACCCGGAUUUGUUUGUUGCCGGAAGCAACCUGAAAUCAAGCCAAAUAAUGAUGGCUUGCAUUUCGAUAUAAAUGCACUGUACUCUUCUGAAGCAGUAGCAGCGUUUGAAAAAAGCAUUGGUAUCGAAGAUACUAUACCAAAACGUCCAAAAAAAAGUUGUAUUUUUGAGGAAUUAGAAGAGGAGGCGAAGAAGGUAAAUGAAUUAGUUGGUACCACUCAUUCAAUUGAUGUCGACAAUAACCCUAUUCAGUCAGGCAGUAACUUGAUAAUCCCAAAAACAAAACCUAAGCUUCGCAUAAAGUACAAAUCUUUACCGCUGUUGCAAUCUGAUGACGAGGUAAUAGCCAGUUGGCGAAGAUCUGCACUAGACUACAACAAGUUGCUUCAAUCUAUUGAGAAAUCGAAACGCAUUACUCUAAAAAUGGCACUAACAAAUUAUGCGGCGGAUAAUAAUUUUCAAACAUUAAUUUCGACAUAUGCGAUGGAAACUAUACCGGACCAUUUGGAAGUUUUUAAAGGUCUUUAUGGGUAUUUGCAAGUGAAUCAUCGACCCGAAUUUAUAAUGACAUGUCGGCAGCUCAAACUUAUAUAA